AUGCUCCAUAAUUUUAUUCUAAGAGACCUGUCAAAUAAGAAUUUACAAACAACAAGAACCGGAAGAACACCAAAACGUACUGCCGAAAAUCGCUAUCAGACAAAUUCCCUUUGGAUUAGUCACAAUUCAUUAACGUCAACAUUAAAUCUCACGAGUUUUAUCAACAAUACCCUCGAUAAUCCAAGAAUGCUGAGUUGGCUGGAUCUUUCAUUUAACGAAAUUUUGGAAAUUGGUGAAGAAUUUGGCGAAUUUUCAAAUUUAAAAAUCCUUUAUUUACAUGGUAACAAAAUUUCAAACAUGAACAAUGUAUUGAAAUUACGAAAAUUAACGAAACUUCGUACAUUAACUCUACACGGAAAUCCAAUUGAAUUAUUAUCAAACUAUAGAUCGUAUAUUGUCAUUAUUCUACCGAAAUUAAUGAAUUUAGAUUUUUCACCAAUAAUUACGUUAGAAAGAAAAAAAGCAUUACCUACAGGAUUCUUUAAAACGAUCAACUCUUCUGAUUGA